AACACAACCGAGCGGCCGGCGUCGCGCCUUCGUGCAGUGCGCGUGGGGGCCCGUUCAUGUUUUCCAUGGCGAGCCACGAGAGGACCGAGAGCAGCGCCGGGGGCGAGGAUGAUGCUGCCGCCGCCGCCGGGCCGGGAGGCCGCGGUGGGCGGCCGGUGGGUGGUGGGCAGUCGGACGGGGAGCCGGAACCGGAGGCCCGGGCGUGGUGGCUGGCGGCACCACGCCGCCUCUGGAGCUCCGUGAACUGGAGGAGAGGCGCGCGGACGGCCGCGCUGUUCGCCGCCGUCAACAGCGCAUUCUGGUUUGUGGCCUUCAGCACAGGUCGGGUGUACUGUCUCCUCUCCCUCUCCCUGGCCGGGGCAGUCACCGUGGCGACUCUCAAAGAGGCGGUCAUCUUGUCUGAAUCCAGAGUGUUGGACCUCUGGAGCCGAGUCACAAGACGCUGGAAGCUGAUGGACCCAGGGGAGUCUGGGGGGUCGGAGACAGAACCUCCCGUCAGCCAGGCCUUCAAGCUCUUCCUCCAGGAGACCUCCUCCUUCAAGCAGCAGAACCCCGGCAAGUUUUGCUUGCUGGUCUGCAGCCUGUGCACCUUCUUCGCCGUCCUAGGGCGGUACAUUCCAGGCAUCGUCGUUUCCUAUGUCCUAAUACUAGGAGUCUUUCUGUGGCCCCUGAUCUCCUCCCAGGAGUUUGCCUUGUGGCUGAAGCCAGUUCUGCAGAAGCUGGACUUCGGCGUAGGCCAGUUCCUCCAGAGGAUCAAAGAUAACCAUGAGCGGAGACUGCUCCAGGCCACGUCGGAGAAGGAGAGCAUCGAGGCGGACCUCUCCUCCCUGUUCCCCAAGCUGGACUCCACGGCCUGUAAGGAGAUGUCCGUCUCAGACACAGAGGUCUCAGACGUCACCUGGACCGACAACGGGACCUUCAACCUGUCAGAGGGCCAUACCCCGCAGACAGACAACUCAGAAGACCUCGAUAAGGAGGAAGCCUUCAUCGGGGGCCUCCCAGAGUUCCCCUCGCUGGACAACGGCGCGGGAACAAACGGAGACGAUGACGACGACCUCAGCAUCGGCCUGCCCACCCCGCCCACGCGGGCCCGGCGGCCAAUCAGGUCCAAGCACACCUCGGCGGCCCCGCCCUGCCGGGACCCCACCGACCAGGCCAUGGACCUCGUCAACCAGAUGGCGAGCGACGCCAUCGCCGCCGCAGUAACGGCCGCCAUCCAGGAGAGGAUAGAAGCCGCUGUCGGCAUGGCGAUCCCCGCCGAAGUCCUGGCCAUGUCUAGGUCUAGACGCCCAGAAUGCAACACGGCCCUGCUGCCCAUCGCGCUGGCGGGGGAGUCGGAGUCCGACAGCGAGGUGGAGGACUUUGAGCUACUGGACCAGUCGGAGCUGGAACAGCUGGAUAAGGAGCUGGGCCUGGCCGUCAGGAGCCAGCUGACCCAGGAGGAGGGGCCGAGUCCGGAGGCCACACCCGGCAACGAGGCCUCCUCCCCUGGGUUCUUCUCCAAGCUGCUGGGCCGCCACUGAUGGAGGUGGAAGAGGUGGGAGAGGAGGGUACCGAGGACUUAAGGGGUGUGGGAUGGGGGUUCUUCAGAGAUAACCGCAGGCGAUCAUGGGAAGGAGACAUCCACUUUUCACCUUUUUCCGCCGGAGACUUGGUUAAAGUUUGUGUCAGCCGUGUGCGGGCCUCUAAGAUGAGGGGGGUAUGAUGUCAGGGUCACUUUGAUAGAUCGACUGGACAUCGAUUUAUUAAUCGGCUGUUUUAGGUGAUGAGAGUUUUGGUGGUGAAUCGAUGUUGCUGUUAACAUUUUCAAUGCCUCUUUAAGUCGUUGUAAUUGACUACCAUUGAUUGUAGCUUGAUGGAAGUUUGGACUACAAAUAAAACGUUUUUCAGUGUUACAGUCAUCUUAAAGGCGGUACUACGGGUUGUUUGUAAUUCUAGCGGUACAGAUGUACAUCCACCGUGAUGUGUCAUCAUUCAUUGGCUUUGUGUUGAGGAGCUAGGGUUCUGUCCAAUAACAUCGCUGCUGAUCCAAGGUGUGAGAGUUGACACCUUAUGCGUCCAACAUGCUAAUCGACUACAUCCCCCAGAAUUCCACAGCCAUAUUUCACCUGAAAUACAGUUUGACCAUCACCUGUGGUUCUCAAGUAACCAGCCUCAUGAAACAAACUCAUAACCGACGUAGGCUGGUGUGAGGCACGAGAAAUAAUGAAAGAUGUUAGACAACGGUUAUUUUAUAUUUUUGUGUUUUUUAUUUUUGUAUGCUUUUUUUUUUAGUUGAGAGCCUUGGUUUUCCAUAUGACAUGCAGCGAGGUCUCCUCAUAUUAUGCAUGUGAUUCUCAUUCAGCCAUAAACUUACAUUACACUUACAUUUUGGUUUGGUGUUGUUGCGAGAGAGCUACAUGGGAAGGACCAUGCAUUACCUGGUUUAUUAUCAUUUGCAUCAGUGACCCGUCCAUCACCAUGAUCAAACAUCAUGGUCGACCAGACCAUAGUUUGCGGUGUCAUUGGGAGAUUUUUUGGCCACAGCCUCCUUGUUGAGGACAAGAAGAAAACAUUGAGCCGGGGAUUGAGUUAAAAUGGUCGCCUCUGUCGCCUUGGUUAUUCAAACUAUAACAGUGUCUUCUUCUGCCGUCCAAACAUAUGUAGAUCCGUGCCUUGGACAAUACAAGGUGUUACUUUUACCAAAAAGACACGCUGUAUUCUAAAACCCUUUUAAUGAAUCCCUUACUUAACGUUCAUAGAGAUCAUCUCACUUUUUUUUUGCAAGGUCACUCUAUGCUGAUGAAACGAUAAUGACUUAAAAGUACACGGCUGGUUAGCUCACACAGGAAUGCAUCAUUCACCUGUUAAAUCCCACAAAGGUUUUGAGUUUAUUUUAACAAAUCCUAUCUGCCUCUAAUCGUUCGGCCUUACAGUGAACAGAAUAUCUACUCCACAUGUCCGAUAUCUUGUGAGUUCCAAACCUACAUUCUAAAUGCUAAUCAUAGUUAUAUAUAUGUAUGUAACUGAUCUCUAAACUGUCAAUAAAAUAAUCAAAUUACA